UCCGCCCCGUCUGGUGGGGCGACGAGCCGCAUGGAGGCCGGCUGAGGAGCGCCGCCCCGCCUUGGUUGAAUCCUCCUGGCUUCCGGGGUCCCCUGGAGAGGAAGAUGUCCAGGCCACCAGCUCGGCGCGCUCCUGUGCAGGCUCCACUCUCCCUGGGCCUCUCCCUUUUGCCGCUGUUGCCCCCCUUGUGUGGCUGGGAGGGAGCCCUGACCUUGGGGCCACUGGUCAGCCUUACAGGAUGGCGGUGAUGUUGCAGCCAGGAGAGGGCCUGGCACGGUGGGCGGGCAGGCCCCUACACAGCGCCCUGCAGUGGAGGCUUCACGCGUCGGUGCCGGAGCCGCCGCCCCGCCCCGCCAUGGAGGGCCAGGAGGAGCAGCCCCCUCGCGAGGCCGGCACAGAGCCCAUCGCGACUGCAGGGGGCUCGGAGGUGGUGCCGAGGGUGCUCCCCGGAGAGCCCCAGAACCUGUCCGACGUGGACGCUUUCAACCUGCUCCUGGAGAUGAAGCUGAAGAGGCGGCAAGAGCGGCCCGACCUGCCGCGCACGGUGACCGAGCUGGUGGCCGAGGACGGGAGCCGCGUGUACGUGGUGGGCACGGCCCACUUCAGCGACGACAGCAAGAAGGACGUGGUGAAGACCAUCCGGGAGGUGCAGCCCGACGUGGUGGUGGUGGAGCUGUGCCAGUACCGCGUGUCCAUGCUGAAGAUGGACGAGCGCACGCUGCUGCGUGAGGCCAAGGAGAUCAGCCUGGAGAAGCUGCAGCAGGCCGUCAGGCAGAACGGGGUCAUGUCAGGACUCAUGCAGAUGCUGCUGCUAAAGGUGUCCGCCCACAUCACUGAGCAGCUGGGCAUGGCCCCUGGCGGCGAGUUCAGGGAGGCUUUCAAGGAGGCCAGCAAGGUGCCUUUCUGCAAGUUCCACCUGGGCGACCGGCCUAUCCCCGUCACCUUCAAGAGGGCCAUCGCCGCCCUCUCCUUCUGGCAGAAGAUCAAGCUGGCCUGGGGCCUGUGUUUCCUGUCGGACCCUAUCAGCAAGGAUGACGUGGAGCGGUGCAAACAGAAGGACCUGCUGGAGCAGAUGAUGGCCGAGAUGAUCGGCGAGUUCCCCGACCUGCACCGCACCAUCGUGUCUGAGCGGGACAUCUACCUGACCUACGUGCUGAGGCAGGCGGCCCGGCGCCUGGAGCUGCCUCGCGCCUCUGAUGCCGAGCCCAGGAAGUGCGUCCCCUCCGUGGUGGUGGGCGUCGUGGGCAUGGGCCACGUCCCUGGCAUCGAGAAGAACUGGACCACCGACCUCAACAUCCAGGAGAUAAUGACUGUCCCCCCGCCGUCCGUCUCCAGCAGAGUGUCCUGGCUGGCCGUGAAGGCCGCCUUCUUGGGCCUCCUGGGCUACGGCCUGUACUGGAUGGGGCGCCGUGCCAGCAGCCUGGUCUUGUCACUGCCUGCCGCCCAGUACUGCCUGCGGAGGGCCUCCGAGGCCUGGCCACACAAGUAGGAAGGACCGAGGGAGCCACCACGUCCGUCCAGGGGGCUGCCCGCGGCUGCUCCUGUGACACGGCCGAGGGGCACGGGGGGCCGGCCCCCUGAGGAGCCCCUGGGUGCCACCCCCCCAGGGGGGUCCGGCCUAGCCUCGCCUGCCCUCUCCCAACCCGCCCAAAUAAAGAAUUAUUUCACUGUCUGAGCUCGGGCUUCCCAGCAGCCCCCCUCCACCCCCGCCCUGCGGCCGCAGGGAAGUUCACCGGCCCGCGAUGAGCUGGCGGGGGAGGGGUGAGGCGCGGUGGGCCGCAGCCGGCCAGCCCCGACCUCACUGUGCCUUCU